AUGGCAACCCACGACUACGCGGAGCUUGCCCGGCAAUUCACACAAGCAUACUACGAAUUUCUGAAUGGCGAUGUCUACAAGUUGGCGGGCGUAUAUCGAGACAACUCUAUGUUGACAUUCGAGUCCGAUUCCUUCCUUGGCGCUUCAUCCAUCGUUGAACAUUACAAUAAACAAAAGGUCGAAGGAAAAGUGGUGGUCCCAGCAACUCAAGACGCGCAGCCGUCGAACGACCAAGGUGGAGUUAUUGUACUCGUGACUGGAUUGAUUGAGAUUCACACACCAGAUGAAGUCCAGUCCUUCAAGUUCAGCCAAGUCUUCCAACUCCUGCAAGAUGCCCAAGGGUUCUUUGUUUUCAACGAUGUGUUUAAGUUGGUUUACGGAUAA